GCCCGUCCCGCCAUUGCCGGGGCAUGGAGGGCGAGAGCACCUCGGCCCUGCUCUCGGGCUUCGUCUUCGGCGCGCUCGCCUUCCAGCACCUCAGCACCGACUCGGACACGGAAGGUUUUCUCCUUGGAGAUGUGAAAGGUGAAGCCAAGAACAGCAUUACUGACUCACAAAUGGAUGAUGUCGAAGUUGUUUAUACAAUAGAUAUACAGAAGCAUAUUCCCUGCUACCAGCUGUUCAGCUUUUAUAAUUCUGCAGGAGAACUGAAUGAACUUGCCCUGAAGAAAAUACUAUCAGGCUGUAAGAAGAGUGUAAUAGGAUGGUACAAAUUCAGACGCAACACAGACCAGACCAUGACAUUCCGGGAGAGACUCCUCCAUAAGAACCUGCAGUCACACCUAUCAAAUCAGGGUCUUGUAUUCCUUCUGUUAACCUCUAGUGUGAUGACAGAAAGUUGUUCUACUUACAGACUGGAACAUGCCUUACAUCGGCCACAGGAAGGUCUUUUCCAGAAAGUCCCUUUGGUGGUUACCAAUCUGGGUAUGGCAGAACAGCAAGGCUACAGAACAGUGUCUGGCUCCUGCGUAUCUUCUGGCUUUGUGAGAGCAGUAAGACAACACAGGUCAGAGUUCUUUCACGAGGAUGGAUCCUUGCAAGAGGUUCAUAAGAUAAAUGAGAUGUAUGCCACUUUGCAGGAGGAACUCAAGAAAAUAUGCUUUACAGUAGAAGUCAGUGAACGAUCUGUAGAGAAACUUUUAGCAGAGGUGAGGCAAUUAAAAGAAGAAAUAAAGAGGAAAAAGCAACAAGGUUGUUCAGGAGAAGACAGAAACUACACAGGAGAGCCAAAGGAGAAUGUUCUCCUUUGUCAGGCACUGCAAACAUUUUUCCCCAAUUCUGGACUUCAGACAUGUAUUGUUUCCUUCAAAGGCCAACAGAUAUCCAAGAACUGCUGUAACAUUAACCAUAAUAUUAAUGUCAUGGACAAACUGACUCUCAUGGUAGAGGAAAGAGACUUCACUGAAGCUGAAACAAGACAUCUAACCAAGCGUAAAGUCAGAGGGACCACAACAGUAUCAAAGUCAUUCAAGAAAUCCAGAUCAUUGCAGCUUCACCGAGAAUCACUUGCAGACCCAGAGGACAGUGACCAGGACAGGAAGCUUACACUGAGCAGCACUGAAUCAGACGAGGAUGUGUUGGAAAAAAAUAGAGACACAAAUGAAUACCCACACUCUCCUACUUUCUGAUCUGUUAAUGAUUUGUCAGAUGACUUCACACCAAAAGCUACUGCCAGCAUAUUCAAGUGAUGUGUCAAUUUUCAGCACUGCAGGGAUGUAUAUAACUUAAUCCAUUUUUGCAAAACGUACAGGGUUUGUUUGGGGUUUCUGUCCAGUGCAUGAAUCCUGUUCAGCAUAACAAUAUCCAGAUGACAUUCCCUCAUUUUGCCUGCCAGAGUUCCAUCUGUAGUCUCUCUCUCAGGGUUUAAAGACUAUGCCAGCAGUCAGAUAAGCACAUACUGCCUCAAACUAAUACAACUUCAAACUGCUGUUGAAGAAGCAGUACUAUCCUUUUUCCUCAGCAGAAGCUGAUGCAGGCAGCACCAAAUGAACACAGAUAACUUAGAAUUAGCAGUCUACUUGAACUGCCACAUUUUAAAUACUUUUACUUUAUCCUUAGGAAACCAGUACUUGUUCAUUUCCCCCCAUCUUACAAUCCAGAGAGGAUAAAAACCAGCCACCUAAAGUUUAACAAGACCUGUGAGCUCAGAAAGGGGUCCAGAAAGC